AUGAUUAUAUUACUAAUCAUAAUAUCAAUUGUUUAUGGUAAUUUCUUAGGAAAGGUUAAUAAGGUUAAAUCAGAUUAUUUAAGAGUGUUCUUAUUUCCUCAUUCACAUGAUGAUGUUGGAUGGGUAAGGACAAUGAUGGAAUAUUACAAAGAUGAAAAUGGAGUCAAAUAAAUUAUUAAUUCAUAUAUGGAAUAAUUAAUACAUGAUAAGACUAAACACUUCUCUUAAGUUGAGAUUGCUUUCUUUUCUAUGUAAAAUGAAUUCACUUAUAUAUAAUAGUUGGUGGAAUGAAUAAAAUGAUAAAAUGAAAUAGAAUGUAAAAGAAUUAGUAAAGAAUUAAUAGUUAGAAUUUUUAAGUGGAGGUUGGUGUAUGAAUGAUGAAGCAACAUCAUAUUAUGAAGAUAUAAUAGAUUAAAUGACACUUGGACAUAAAUUUUUACUUUAAAAUUUUAAUUAUAUUCCAUCAAUUGGAUGGCAAGUAGAUCCAUUUGGACAUUCAAACACUUAAGCUUUAUUCUCAAAUAUGAUGGGUUUCAAUGCUUGGUUUUUUGGACGUAUUGAUUAAGAAGAUCGUUAAAUUAGAGAAAAAAAGAAAGAAUUAGAAUUUGUAAUUCAUCCUGAUUCAAAUUAAAAACAUUCCAUAUUGACACAUGUUAACUAUUAUGGUUAUUAUUCAUCUCCUAAAGGUUUUGAUUUUGAUAUUACCAAUCCCAAUAGAUAAGAAGUUACAGAUUACAAUUUGUAAUAAAAAACAGAAGAACUUGCUGCAUAUUUCAAAUAAUAAUAAACUGUAUAUAGAGGUAAUAUAUUGGCACAUACUUUGGGAAUGGAUUUCUAAUGGUCAGAUGCUGCUUCUUAUUUUAGCUAAAUGGAUAGAGUUAUCAAUUAAGUUAAUAAAAAUACAGAAAAAUAUAAAAUGAUUAUUCAAUAUGGAACACCAAAAUAAUAUAUUGAAGCUUUAAAUGAAUAGAAUAUUACUUAUCCCUCUUAACAGGAAGAUUUCUUUCCAUAUGCUGAUUACCCUAAUCAAUAUUGGUCUGGUUAUUUCACUAGUAGAUCAGCAUUUAAAGGUUAUGUGAGAAGAAUUGGCAGAUAUUUCUAAUAAGUCAAAUAUUUUUAUUCAUUUAUUAAAAUUAAUAAUCUAUGCAAGUCUCUUUGUGAUGAUAAAAAUCUUAAGAAUUUGGCUGAAGCAUUAGGUACUGCUUAACAUCAUGAUGCAAUCACUGGAACUGCAAAAUAAUAUGUUAAUAAUGAUUAUAUCAAAAUGAUUGAAAUUGCUCAUCAGAAUAUGAACAAUUAAAUUAGUACUCUACUCAACAGUCUAUCAAAUACUAAAUCAAUUACUCAUACUACUUGUCAUUUUAAUGGAACUAAUGUUUGUCAUUCAUUAUUUGAUCCUUUAAUCAAAAAUUAAACUGUCAUUUUAACUAUAAUUGAUACUAAGGUAAAUAAUAAUGGAAUGAAAGAAUACCUUAAAAUAUAUGUACCAGAUAACUUAUACAUCAAAGCUACUUAUGAAUAAAAUAAUCCUAUUAAUGGAGAAAUUCUAUGUCUAAAUGGAUAAUGUAUUCUGUAUUUAUAAAGAAUUGUUGGUAAUUCAAAAUUCCUUCAUAAUUUUAAAUUAUAAACUGUGGCAUCAAAUAAAGAUACUCAUAUAAUAAAAAUAGAGCCUGAAAAAAUCUCUAUUGAUAGUGAUACAAAAUUAUUUGAUAAAUUCAAACUAAAUUAUAAUUUCUAUUAUUCUUCUUCUGGUGCUUAUGUAUUUAAACCAGAUGGUUAUUCACAUCCAUAUGGUGAUUAUGUCAAAGCUUAUAAAUUUACUGGCAAUAUGGUUAAAUAAAUUUAUAUUGAAAAAACAGCAAUAAAAGCAUGGGUUACAAAUUUUGAUAAUGAUGAAAAUGUAUUCUAUGUUGACACUUUUGUUGAUUCUAUCAUAUUGUAAGAUUAUAAAGGAUAAGAAGUUGUUAUACAAUUCCUUACAGAUAUUAAUAAUAAAUAAAUAUUUUAUACAGAUAGUAAUGGAUUGACAUUUUAAAAACGUUAAGUCAACCAUAGAGAUUCAUGGCAAAUGUAAAUUUUAGAACCAGUCUCAGGUAAUUAUUACCCUGUUAAUGGUGCUAUCAUGAUCAAAAAUUAAGAUGAAGAUCAAGCAUGUGCAGUUAUAAAUGAUAGAGCAUAAGGAGGUACUAGUCUUAGUAAUGGUGUUAUUGAAUUAAUGUUACAUAGAAGAUUAAAUAAUGAUGAUAAUAAAGGAGUUAAUGAAAGACUUAAUGAACAAGAAGAGGUUAAUAAUUAAUUGGUUGGAAUGAGAUAAUUGAUUUCUCACACUAUUGUUUUCUAUAAUUAAAAAUCUAAUCCUAAUAUUGUAAGAAGAUUGUAAUAUCAACAAGAUCUUUAACCAUUAAUUUAUUUCUCAACAUAGAAUUAAAUCAACUAUUAAAAUUAAUAAAUACAAAAUAAGUUUAUAACAUUCAUUUAACAACAAACAGAUGACAAUUUAUGUAAAUUCUAUAUUGAACCUUGGAUAAAUGAGAAUUAAUAUUUAGUUAGAGUCCAUAAUUUUAGAGAAAAAGGAAUCUAAAAACUUAAUUUUCCACCCGGCCUAAGAUUUGUGGAAACUACUUUAACUGGCAAUUAAGAAUUAAAGAAUUGGGAAUUAAAUAGAAUAAGUAAUAUUUUAUUUCAUUCAUUUUUAGAAUGGACAGACAAUUACAAUAAAGAAUCAUCUCAAUAAAAUUAUGAUGAAGACUAAGUUGGACCUAUGCAAAUUAGAACUUGGAUUGUUACAAUUUGA